UGGUGCUCAUCUUGAUAGGUUGUGCGGAGCGCUCGCUCAGGUGAGCGGAGCAGACGAGAUGUGAGGUCCGCUGAGGUACGACGCAAUGGUUAUUAUAUGAGUGGAAGGAUAUAUUGGCGCAUAAAAACACGCUGGAAGAGGAGGAUAUUUAUAGGAUUUUGUUAAACGAUUUAUGGACGAAAGGUGUGUUGGGCGUUUUCUUCUUUUUGUGACAGGACUAUAAGAGGAUGGAUAUGUUAUGAAAGAGAUGAGUGCUCUGCACGUAUUUAGAGGAAAGAAACGCUUGGAAAAACGCUGAAAGGAUUUGAUUUUUUCUGCUUAACGAUUUUAGGACGAUAUACCAAGGGUGUUGGGCGUUUCUUAUCUUGAUCUUUGUUUUGAGGUAUCACAGGCUAAACAAAAUGGAGCAGAAGGCGAUACUGUUGGCAGUGCUGUGGUUCGUUGUGAUAUUUCUCUUUGAAUCUAACGUUGUGUCGUCUGCUCAGUGUGAACAGAUUCAAAUUCCCAUGUGUCAGAGGAUGCAGUACAAUAUGACUAGGAUGCCAAACUUAUUACAUCACAGCACACAGAAAAACGCCAUUUUAGCAAUAGAACAAUUUGAACAGUUGGUUGACACCCAGUGCAGUAGUUCCUUAUUGUUUUUUCUCUGUUCGAUGUACGCGCCUAUCUGUACAAUGGAGUUUUCACAGGACGCGAUUCCUCCCUGUCGGAGCGUCUGUGAGAAUUCGAAGAUUGGGUGCGAACCCGUGAUGCUACGCUAUAACGUAUCGUGGCCUGAGAGUCUGGAUUGCACCAGACUUCCAUCAUACAAUAGAGGAGUCUGCAUCAUGCCAGAUGCAAUUGUUGCCAAAAUGCCAGAAGAGAAAGGGAGGAAAAAAGGGAAAGGGAAAGGGAAGGGGAAGAAGAACAAGAGAAGACGGGGAAAGAAAAACGUAGCAAGGAAGCCGGAUCGAUGCAACCGGAGAUGCAAGAAAAGAAAGUUCAGAGAGAAGAUUUACCAAGCUAAAAAGUUUGAUUACGCAAUAAGAGCGAAAUGGAAGGAGUCAGACAAAGAUACCAUGGGCACAACCAUCAUCAAAGUGGAGGUGGUCGAAGUCAUCAAACAUGGCCGCGUUGCCAUAGCAGUAGGCGAUGCCAACUUAUGGACGAACACUUCCUGUAUCUGUCCCAGGUUUCGAAAGUCGCGUGAAUAUUUCAUUCUUGGGCAUGAGGAUGCUGUGAAUGAGAGGCUGCUGUAUUUGAGGCAGUCACUGAGCUAUACUUGGAAGAAUACGUAUCCCAGACUUAUGCAGAAGUGGGAUGCUGUUGCAAGUACUACCAUCCCUGUCACCAAUGACGACAACAGGGCAAACAAAGAUGAUGAAGGAACAACGGGCAAAAAAAAGAAGAAGAAAAAGAAGAAGAAGGGCAAGAAAAAAAAUACAUCUCGCACAGAUCGGGAGAAGAAGGAAAGAGAGAGGAGGCGCCGAAAUAGACACAGAACGCCACGACCCACCCAGAGCGUAGCCACGCAGGCAACAUUCUUCAUAUGAGGAUGCUAGGACUAAAAUUCAAACUGGAAUAGCUACGGAGGAUUGAUACAUGGAUGGCUGAAUGGAUGGGGAAAAUCAAACAGUCAGUAUUGUGGGGAUAACACAGUUGGAUAUUGUAAGAAAUCAACUGCCCCUGUAACUUGACCAGUAGCUGGUUUUGUUCCCGGGGCUUUGUUGGGACCUCUGCUUCCAUAGUUGAAUCACCGUGUACAUUGCUAACCUGGCUAUAGAACAGUUCAUGUGGACUUGGACACAUAGGAGGUUCUCUGGAUAUGUACCUUGAAUUGUCAUGCUCACAGGAAUGAUACCGAGUGGACCGGGUUACCGGUAAAAACAUUUACGUUCACUAAUAUAGUGAGUUGCUGUUAUUGAUCUGUUCGUCAUUGUAGGGACGUCUUUAACACUAUUAGGUGAUGGUGAGUGGCUUGUAAAUGUGCAUUAGGUCGUCAUAGUGCUAGCGACAACGCGUGAAUUUGUUACUCCGUAGUUGUGAAAGACUACACAAAUUGUACGUGUUUGACGACUUAUUUGCCAAAUAGGCCACCUUAUUUGUUACGAGUAAAACUCGUGGGGUUAAGAUCAUGAAUGCAAAUGUGAAAUUGAAGUUGAUUUUUUACCUGGCACGUUUUAUCACAAAUCAUAGUGCUUUUGAUCAGAAUCCCAACCAACCUACGUGUAAUAUUAUACUACAUAAUACAAAGAUUGUGAUCGGAUGCUUAGAACCAUGUGGAAAUGUGUCUGUAAUAAAUAUAGUUGCCA